AGCCAAGGGGUUCGACGGGACUAAGAGGGCGAUUCCCUUACAGUUCUCCGACGCCCAUUCGAAAGAUUCCCAUGGAAGGACUCCCACCUUCGGGUGAGGCUCUACUUCUAUAUCUUUUUGUUGCUGCCCUUGCCCCUUUGCUCCUUCCCUGGCUUCUUCCCUCCUUCCCCGUGCUGCGCGGGCAGGUGCUGGCGCUUGUGGCCUUCGGCCUCCGCUGUGCCUUCGUCCCGGCGCCCCAGACCGGCCCCGCGCGCCUCCUGGAGCUCUCGCCCGCCGCCGCCGUGGCGCUGGUGGGCGCCGCGCCCGCCUUCGCCGCCGAGAUCGACGCCGCCGAGGCGUACAACCGGAAGGUCUUGGAGGGCGCAGCUUACGGCGGCAUGCUGUGCGUCUUCAUGCUCGGCCUCAUCGUCCAGGGGGUCCGGAGGGACGUGGGCAACAAGUGGCUCAACUGAGAGGGUCGCGGGCGCGGGUGCCCCGCGGAGGGGACAGCUGUCCCCGCGUGGGCCGCAGCGCGGGCGGGCGCCGCGUGUUUUUUGUUAGUCCAGGGCGGUCUGAGCCACAGGGGCGCGCGGAGGAGGGGCGCGCGCGCGCGCUGAGAGGGAACAGGGGGAGGAGGAGCAGCACUGCGUUUGGACGUCAUCGCGCGAGGCGUUCAUUUUGGCUCGGCGUCCCUGUGGUUUUCGACGGCUCCCGUCGCUUUUUGUCAGGCUUCUCCGCGCGGGGUCUGCCGAUCUCCUCCGCGCUCGCCUGUCCGAGAGGGACCGGGUGGUGCGCGCCGAUGCAGCCUGC